AUGGCAGUCGUUACUGAACAGCGGCAACAGGAAUGUUGCUAUUCUGUGCAAGUACCCGAAGAAGAAGUCGAAAAGCACAGAUGCUUCACAGCCCUUCCGAUCAGACGACACAAGAGAUUCCGUGAGGUCGACGCGGUUCUCCAUGACCUUAUUCGGCAGUGGCAUGACAUUAUUGGAGAUGGUGCCUCUGACAACUUCAACUACACCGGUGACCCUGUAUCGGGAUCAUGGAUUUCUCUGAUAUUACCAGAAUCAAACGAUGAAACUUUCCCACACUCGGCGUGGCUUACUGAGUUUUUCUUCCUUUUCGAUGACAAGUUGGAAUCAAUGUCCCACCAAGAGGUCAAGGAAAAUGUCGAAGCUGUGCACAAAAUAUUCAGUAGCGAUGAUCCAGAAAGCAGCGAAUCAGAAACAGCCUUUGGGAAGCUGCUAGUUCCAUUUGUACGGGAGUACUUGAGAUACGACUACAAGCGCGGCAUUCCGGUGCUCCGCGGUUGGAAAACCUGGUUGGAACUAGAUCACACUAACGAAAACGAUUUCAAUACACUUGAUGAUUACAUGACUUAUCGCCUUGUGGAUAUUGGGAUGUGGGCAUACCCGGCCAUGGCCGUCUAUCACAUGCAACUUGACAUCAAACCAGAGCAGAUGGACUCCCUCAAACAGGUCUUCUUCCUAAUGGAGAAGGCCAUUAUCUUCACCAAUGACUAUUGGAGCUGGCCAAAAGAAGCUGCCAAUUUCAGGAGAGGGAGUAAAAGAGUCAUGAACGCAGUCCUGGUGGUUAUGAGAGAGCUACAGAUAGACUAUUGCGAAGAUGCUCGCAAGAUAGUCAAGGAGAAGGCAAUUGGGUAUGAGAAGGAGCUUCUACACUUGCGGAACCAGCUGUUCUCGCCGGAGUACCAGCCUCCUCUCACCAGUGACAUGCGCAGUCAUGUGGAUGCACAUUUGUGGAUGGUUUCUGGGAACAACCUGUGGAGCUCCACAUGCCCUCGGUACCAUUCGCAGAAGGUUCAUUGA